AAAAUACCCUAUUAUAAGGGCGAGUGUGGCUGGUGUAAAUGCUCCGAAACGGCUCACCUCGGUAGCCGUGAGGGACACCGCGGCUGGAAGCAGUUCGGACGUUGAACAUGCCGCAGGCCAUCAACGAAUUGGAUGUCGACUUCGAGGCACAGAUCCAAGAGAUCAAGCGGUUAAUCUCGUCUUCUAACGAUGUCGAUCGACGUGCGGCCUUAGAAGAGCAACUGCGAGACUUGGAGCUUCAGAGGAUUCAAGCUGAGCAAGAUCAGCAACAGCAGGAACAGUUGACACCCGCUGCCUCCAGGAGGAAGAGCUUUCGACCCAUUAGUGCCAAGCCUCGGAUGUCGACUUUGACUCCACUGACCGAAGACUCUGAAGUCACUUCAUCAUUCCACGGACUAGAGGCCCAUCACUUGGGUGAUACUGGUCUCUCACUGGCCUCGGAGGUUUUCAGUAGCUCUUACGACGAGAUUUAUAGCCCAGAGAAUGUGCUGGAGAAUGGCAGUCGCACGCUGUGGGUGUCGAGUGGGAUGUUCCCGCAAUUCCUCCGGAUCGUACUGCGUGAGCCCAAACGGGUUGCAGCCGUGGAGAUCACGUGUAGACACGUUACGAAGCUUCAGCUGCGCGCGUCAGCCAAUAAAAAUGUUGCCAUUAACAAGAUGUCGAUAGUUGGAGAGCUUGAAGUGAGUGCUGCUGACAGCGGAAAGCUGGAUACACAUCGAUUCCCUUUGACACGUCGCAAUGACAAUGCAGCAAAGGGGAGCGACGAGGAUGACAAAGAAAGCACGGAGCCCGUCGAGGCAAUCCAGAUAGACAUAGAGGGCGGGUACAGUGAUUUUGUAUGCGUUUACUUCGUCCGACUUCGCUUUGCGAACUCAGGAUAA